AUGCCCAAAAUCCGUCUGCAAAAGACCCCAGAAGAUGACCCGGAGGCCUUCCUGACCACAUUUGAGCGGAUGGCUACAGUGUCAGGGUGGCCAGCCGGAUGUUGGGCAGCCCAACUAGCCCCCUGUCUAACUGGUGAAGCGCAGGCAGCAUACCAGGCUCUGAGCAACGUGGCGGCGGAAGAUUACUCCCAGGUGAAGACAGCUACCUUCCGGCGCCUUAAUAUCACCCCGGAGACGCAUUGCCGGCGUUUCCGGAGUUACAAGCGGCUGGAGGGAACCCGGCCUCGCAUCAUGGCCCAGCAACUCUGGGACCAUCUGACCCGCUGGCUGCGUCCCACUGAACGGACCACCCAACAAAUCAUGGAGUCUGUGGUGGUCGACCAGUUCCUGGAGGUGUUGGACCAGAAAUGA